CAUUGGCUGCGGCCGUAUCUCGGCGUUUAAUUUCACAGCGAGGGUUCUGCAGAAGGAAGCUUGCGAUUGGUGCAGUCGGAAGAAGAGCCAACCAAUUACGCAAAAGCUUCCACAAGCAGCAAAGGGGACGUGACACGCCUUUCCUCUCUGACUUCCCCUCCACUUCACUCCCGCCUUCCCCUUAUUCAUACAAGAAGCGCCUCAUUCCUGAUUGGUCCGAGCUUCGUGCUGCUUCAGCCAAUCACAAGCCAAACUGUGCUCCCGGCACUACAUAGAGAGCGAAUUGUGGAAAGACCAAGGCUACGAUUGGUCCCUUCGCGAUAAGGUUUUAAUUUUGAAUUUUCCUUUAUGGCAAGGGAGAGGCCUCUGACGUGACUCCAUCGUAUCCCCGGACUCUUAAGACUAGGAAAAUACCUUGCACAACAAUGAAGAGUCACUGAAAAAGUGUAUGUGAAGGUGCCUAAAAGUACAUGGGCAUCCAAUAAAAAGAAACCAUGCCCAAAUUCAAGCAGCGAAGAAGAAAGCUAAAAGCCAAAGCAAAAAGAUUGUUCAAAAGAAAAGAAGCCUCUCACUUUCAGUCUAACCUAAUUACACCUCCUCCUCCACCACCCUCACCAGAAAGAGCGGUUAUUCCUUCAACAGAUAUACCCAUUAGCAGAAGUUGGCUAAGACUCUCCUGGAACUUCAGAUUUCCCAGUUUUAAAAAUGCAAUAAAGCUUUGGACAAAUAGAGUAUGGUCUAUAUACAGCUGGUGCCAGAGCUGCAUGAUCCAGAGUUUAGAAGUCUUAAAAAACACCAUUUUUCCAUCCCGUCUCUGCCACCAAGAACUUCGAAGUCUAAAACAACGGUUUUGCAUUUUGGAAGAUGAAGUAUGCAAGCUCCAGGAAGCACUGAAGGCCAUCUCAGAAAAUUCCUCGCGUCCCAGCUGUGGGCAAGCGUGUCACAUGGGUGGUAAGCUUCCAGACGUGCCCGCCUGUGCGCCAGCCAGCCCUGCAGACUCCGCAGAUCUCCGUCCUCCCUCCCCAGCUCAGCCCACCAGUCAUCCUCCUCCCCUUCCUCCCCCUCCUCCCACGCCUCCCCCUCUGCCUCCACCCCCACCACCGACAGCGCCAUUGCUGCUCAGAAAAUCUGCUCUCACGAAAGCACUUCAGGCUGGACCAUUAAAAAAAAAUGGACCCAUGCAGAUAACAGUUAAAGAUCUACUGACUGUGAAAUUAAAGAAGACACAGAGUUUGGAUGAAAGGAGGAUGCUUGUACCAUCACCAAAGGUACAGAACCCACUGGUUACUGUCUCUGACCUGCAGCGCGUUACCCUGAAACCAAAGUCCAAAGUGUUGUCAACUCGAGUUACAAAUGUCUUAAUUACUCCUGGUAAAAGUCAGUUAGAUCUACGGAAACUACUUAGAAAAGUCGAUGUGGAAAGGAGCCCAGGUGGAACCCCGCUUACUAAUAAAGAAAAUCUGGAAACAGGAACUGGGCUGACCCCAGUAAUGACCCGGGCCUUGAAGAGAAAAUUUCAGCUGGCUCACCCUAGAAGCCCAACUCAAACUCUGCCAGUUUCUACAAGCAACUUUGAUGAACAAAACUGAUGCCACCUCUGCCUGACCCCCAGCAAUGAUCCAUAAAAUGUACAUAUAAAAUGACCCCAAUCCUUUUUAAAUGUAGUAUGUAUAAAUGAUUAUAUUAAUAUAUAAUUCAUUUGAAGAAUUAAAAUAUGGUGGAGCCCAUGCAUACUGUAAUGUAAAGUGGGUAUUCAAAUACUUUCUAGUUUAUAUGAUUGCUCACAGGACAGAUGGGAAAAUGCAAUCCCCAGAGUGAUGUUUAUCCUGGAAUUACUAAGUUUAGGUUGGAAAGGUUAUUCAAAUUUAACUAGAUAACUCUAAUUUGUGCUCUAUAUGUACAGUUAUGGCAUUAAUAAAAUAACCUGGUACCCAUUCAUCUUGGGUAUUCUCAGGCAAUUGGAAAGCAAA